GACCUUUGUACUGUCGACUCAAAAGCUAUCACUAUUACUAGAACGCUCUGUCUUAAUUGAGUUUCAAUCUUUAGUUUUCUUAGUUGCCUCUUAAUAAUUCUUGAUUUCUUUUGUCCUUUUCGGCACUUCAAUCAUCCCGUUUCACGUCAAAUCACGUCGUCACAGCUUUUCUUCUUCUCAUAUCUUUCACGGCAACCUUUCUCUUCUUCUGGUCCAAGUUUGUUCAAGUUUAUAGCAGCUUGGAUAGAUUCAAACUAGAAUUCUACCACCAGUUCUAACUCACCGAGCCUCCUCUUUCUCGUGAACUCUGUCCAUCUGACACUUCUGCAACCUCGAUUCGAUCCACUUCCUACCUACAUCAGCCUUUCACGAGCCUUCAGCAGUACCAAAAAUCACUUGAAUAACUCCUAUACCACCCAAUUUUGAUUAUUUGGGUCUUUUCACAACUAGCUGCAUAGACCUACUGCUUAUUACUUAACUUCUCUAAUUAGAUUUUCUUAUUUUUCAAGUCGUCUGACUGAGCCUCAGACUUGACUUUAGAAUGUUACUCUGCUUCCCUCUAAAACAGUAUUUUGGCCAUACAAAAACCGACACCGACACCGAACCCAGAACUUUCAUACAUCUUGUGCGACACGGAGAAGCAUACCACAAUCUAGGACACAUCAACAAAAAAAUCAACCCUAAAUCUUACGACAUCCAAGAUCCCUAUCUUACCCAUAAAGGCAUCGAACAAGCCAAAUCUACCAGGCAGCAAAUGACAAAACGUUGUCCUGUCCCCAACCUCGUGCUCACAUCCCCUUUAAUUCGCACUCUCGAGACUUCACUCCACAUUUUUCCUUUCGCCAAUGACGUUAGUAUCUAUCCACAGCCGCAAAUCGUCGCAUAUGAUGAAUUAAGGGAGAAUGGAACAUAUUUGUGCAAUGUUCGCCAGAAAACGUUUGAUUUAACCAAUAAUUAUGAACACAAAGGGGUGGAUUUUACUGCGCUAUCGCCUGUUGUUCCGCCGAUGAAGUGUGUACUUCGCGGGAAACAGCGUGCGGAAAUUGUUCGGAAGCAAAUACUAGUCAUUUCGAAGCUUAUAAGAAAAGAAGGUGGGCUUUGGAAAGGGGUAUAUAUACAGGGUGCUGGUCGGGAUAUUGUACCACAUCUGCAGGUCGAGCAGGAUAUACAUAUUGUGGUGGUUUCUCAUGGGUCUUUCAUGGAGUAUUUGCUUCCACUUUCACAUACAAUCCAGCCAGGUUGGCAAAAAUUCAAGCCCGCGGAGAUGAGGACAUAUGUAAUGGAUGAAGAUGGUCAUUUGGACGAAACGGUAGAGUCUAGAGGGGCUAGAAGUACUGCUGUUUUGCAAAAGGUUAGCUUGAGUCUCACUAGCGCUUCUGAUUGAAUAUAUCUUCUCAUUUAGAGGCUUUGUGCUAAAUUUCAAGAUAGGAAAACGUUAAAGAGUACCAUUGGAAUUUGUUUGAAAUAUUAAUAUGGAUCA